AUGGCCGAGGGCAGGAUCGCAUACUCAGAUAGGAUGUGUAUGCAGAAAAGGUUAACGUGGUUGAUCUGGGCACCAGCGGCAGUAAGCAAGGCCAAGCUCGGAGUGGCGCUGAUUAAGCCUGAGCAGCCCCCGUCCGACAUCGAUUUCCCCGACGGCCUGCACCUCCUCAUUAGGUCAGAACCCAGAGCAUCGCAGUUUACUACUUCCGGGCGGUAUGAGGCACGUACUAGCAUAUUAGGCAUAAUGCUAAACGACUUGCAUGCGGAAAUCCAGGCGCUGCACUUGCAGCAGCUGGCUACAAGUCCCGGGGCCUUGCCACCGCGCGACCUGUGCUGUAACGGCCCUUCAGCGCUGCUAUCCGCCGUAUACACCAGUGCUGUCGAGCCAAGUGCCGACCCGCGGGCCCAGUCAACUCACGACUCGGCACUGCCCCCGGGGCUUUCACUGGGCAGCAUGGCAGGGGAACCUAAAACGGGCGAGCGUGCUGGAUCUGGUGCCAGAGGCGCAGGAGGAUCGGAAGGAGCACCUGCCAGGCGGCCAAGUCUUCGGCCAUCAGUGGAUGGGGCUGCCGGUGCCGAGCUACUUCACACCUUGGAUCUUAUGCAAUGCUGUAUCUUGCCUGCCAAAGCCGGUCAAGAACAAGUUAUAGGUGCGGUGACAGUGGCUGACAGCGGCAUGGCAUCUGGUGGGCAGCAGGCGGCAAGCACCACAGCUGCUUUGCUGUUGCAGUUUCCACGACCCUCCCCGGCGGCCGUUCAAUUACUUCCGCCGCUGGAGGUCACAUCGCAGUCGCAGGUCCCCUUGCAGGUGGAGUGGAGUUUCGACAGCGACCUGCAACGAGCCCGUGUACAGGCGCGCUGUGCAGCCAUAGAUGCACUGGAUGACAUCCGGUAUGAGGUGCCUGACAAAGUCGAUGGCCACCACAUAAGCAAUAGGAGCUGUGGCCCCGCCCGCUACCGCGCCAGCAGCGGCUUUAGGUACAGUGGCGGCGCCUGCGCAGAUACGAGGGCCAUCACCACUCAUGCAGGCAGAAGUGGUGACAAUUGCAAGGGGUUACCCUGGCGGCUGCUUUCGGCCCUCAGGCGCGAGACCCUAUGUGCCACGUCCACGAGUUUCCCUGAUGAGCAGGAGCAAUGCCGCGGCGCCGUGAGAGGCGCGGUAGGAGGAUGCAGCGGCCGUAGAAACGUCAGAUACAUCGGCACUAAGGGUGGCACUCGGCGGAGGGAGCAAGGGCACAAGCGCGGCUGCAUAAACUUCCUCAGGGCCAUUCAGCACAAUGCAGGAAAGGACGAAUGUGAGGUCGAGGAGGGCGAAGACGAAGAGGAGGAGGGGUACCUCUUGGUGCUUCUGUCCCGCGAUAGCCGCCUGUUACAUAGGGUACGGAUGGCGGUGGACAUAACCGGCAGGCCCACAGCCAAGGAUGCGGGAUCCGUGGCUGCUGGUUAUCUAAACGCCGUAGAAACCUUCGGCACCACCACUGCAGCGGAAAGGUCGGCCAAGUCCUGGGCUCCAGCAUUACAGUUUGGUGCGGUGACCACCAGCCAGUUAGGGCCCGGGGUGGCAGCCGCAGAGGGGCGGCGGGUGCGGUUUAGAUGCCCGUUGGUGGAGCGGACCCAUUGGGUAGCUCGCUCCCGAGAUAAUCUCAACGCCGGAAAUGUUGGAGACGAUGUUUUCGUAGACGCAACUGGUAGCACAUCUGCGUUGUUCGCUUGGGACUUUGGUGGGGCUGGAGCGGCUGCGGCCUCAUCACAACCGUGCGGCAACACUGCGCGGCACCUCCGUCAGUUGCGGUUUCCGUCGUUGACGGCGGCGCUACGCCGCGGGGUGGCGCUUACAAGUGGCUCUUGGGCAAGGAGCUACAGCCGGCCACCGCUGCGAGGCUAUUACUGA